AUGUUCAGCAGCAUCUCUCAUGAAUUUAGAACUCCACUAAAUUCUUUCAAAAACGCUAUUGAAAUGUGUAUGGCUAUCGAAAAGAAGGAGUUAGCUGAUCCAAGAAAUAAGGAUGUUAACGAUCAUUUUGAUAAUAAUCUAAGAAUUGCUUCAAUCUCAUCAAGAAUACUCUCCUCUUUGGUCGAAGACAUUCUUGAUUUUGCCAAAAUUGAAGCAGGAAUAUUUUCCCUGAACACUGGGCACUUCAAAAUCGGAGACUUACUGAGCGAUAUAAAGUACAUAUUCCAAUACCAAUGAGAAAAGAAGAACAUUGACUUAAUUUUCAACUUUGAGCAAGGUCUCGACCAGACCUACUUCUACUCAGAUAUGAGCAGGAUUAAGCAGAUUUUGAUGAACCUGAUCUCUAACGCCUAUAAGUUCACAUUCUCAGGCUCUAUUACGAUAGAUAUUUCGAAAGCUGGAGGAAACUUCUUUGAGCCAACAAGAAAGCUGAUCAUUAAGGUGAUUGACACAGGAGUGGGCAUUAAGGAAAAAGACCAGCAAAACUUAUUCAAGAUGUUCGGUAUGGUAAGGAAACACCGCGUCCAGUUCAACACUAAAGGGUCAGGCCUUGGCCUCACAAUUUGUCAGAAAUUGGUCACCCAAAUGGGAGGUGAUAUUGAAUUAAAAUCAGAAUACAAGGCUGGAACUGAAGUCACUUUUAGUAUUAUGGAAGAAAACAUUCCAAGAAGAGCAAAGAUCAGAGAGGAGAUAAAGCAAGAAAGAUCUUCUUUUAGAAACUCUAGCGUAGAAAACAGAUCAAUUGAUACUAACGGAGGCCUGAUAGAAUCAUCUUUGAUGGGAAAUGCAGUCAAUAUUCCAAACUUCAGGUCGUGUAAAUUCAUUCUUUAA